UUCCAUUAAACGGGGAGGCACACCCAAUUCUGCAUAUAUACCAGGGGUGCAGAUUAACCCCUUUCAUCGACAGGAUCAUACAGCAACCAUGAUUUCUCUGGUCUUCGUUCUGCUCAUUGGAACCGCUUUCGCCACGGAGGACGACAAGAUCGUUGGUGGGUAUGAGUGCAAGGCCUACUCCCAGCCCCACCAGGUGUCUCUGAACUCUGGGUACCACUUCUGUGGUGGCUCCUUGGUCAAUGAGAACUGGGUUGUGUCUGCUGCUCACUGCUACAAGUCCCGUGUGGAGGUGCGUCUGGGCGAGCACAACAUCAAGGUGACUGAGGGUAGCGAGCAGUUCAUCUCUUCAUCCCGCGUGAUCCGUCAUCCCAACUACAGCGCCUACGACCUCGACAAUGACAUCAUGCUGAUCAAGCUGAGCAAGCCCGCCACCAUCAACACCUAUGUGCAGCCUGUUGCUCUGCCCACCAGCUGUGCCCCCGCGGGCACCAUGUGUACCGUCUCUGGAUGGGGCAACACCAUGAGCUCCACCGCAGAUGGCGACAAGCUGCAGUGCCUGAACAUCCCCAUCCUGUCCUACAGCGACUGUAACAACUCCUACCCUGGCAUGAUCACCAACGCCAUGUUCUGCGCUGGAUACCUGGAGGGAGGCAAGGACUCUUGCCAGGGUGACUCUGGUGGCCCUGUGGUGUGCAAUGGUGAGCUCCAGGGUGUUGUGUCCUGGGGUUAUGGCUGUGCCGAGCCCGGUAACCCCGGUGUCUAUGCCAAGGUGUGCAUCUUCAAUGACUGGCUGACCAGCACCAUGGCCACCUACUAAGUCUGAUCCUAGCUUUGGUCGUCCAGUACGUUCGCACAACUCUACAACAUCCCGUUCCAGAUCAACAUCCACCUUUUGUAUGGGAGAUUAGACAUUAUUUAUGUUUAUGACAAAUAAAGCAUUUAACACUAAA